UUUGAAAGCAACUUCCGAAUUCAGUUGAGAAAAUUUCUUCAGAUUGUGCGGUCAGGAUUUUCUCCGGUCCACAAGCGAAAAAAAGUAAAUUACUGUGCACAAUGUGGGGUAUUGGAAUUUUGGCGGUAAUUUUGUGGCCCGUGGUGGUGUUGUCUGCCAGCGUGGAUUUAUUUGCGGGCAUUGGCAGCCGUUUGCAAAAAGGCUCUGAAAUGUUGAAAUACAUGAAUAUGUCAGUGGAUCCCUGCGAGGAUUUUUAUGAAUUCACCUGUGGCAAUUGGAAUCGUUAUCACUCAGCAGCAUCGGGAGAUACCACAACGACAGGUCUGCUGGAGAAUUUACAAAAGUCGUUGAGUGAAAAGUUAAUGGAAAUUUUGGUCACCCCCGAACGGGAGGACACCAAGGUGGAUCGUAAGGUAAAGGACUUCUAUAGAUCCUGUUUGAAUUUGGGGGCCUUGAAAAAUGAUUACGCUCACAAACUGCGGGAAUUAAUUGGAGAGUUUGGUCAAAUGCCGGCCUUAGCAGGUGCAGCAUGGCAAGAGGAGCGAUUUGAUUGGCUGGAGGUUGUGGCCAAGAUUGCCUACAAAUAUGGCAUAGGCAUCCUCACACCGGCUGAGGUAAGCGGAGAUCUGGUGGAUGAUCGUCAAAAUCGUUUGUAUUUGAGAACGGCUGAAUUGUCACUGGGUAGUCGUAAUGUUUAUUUGGACAAGGGCAGUUCGCAACUCUUACAAGGCAUAACAAUUGUGGUCUACUCACGGCUCUCGGAUUUCCUAGACAUGGAGGUGGAAUUGGCCAAGAGGACGGCAAAGGAAAUUAUUGAUUUCGAAAUUGCCUUGGCGCGGGGCAUUGAUGACAUCAACAGUGUCAGUGAUUACAGGGAAGUGAUUGCCUUGGAUACCAUAGACGCCUUGGAGCAAAAAUAUGCCGGUCAGUUGGAUAUCAAGAAAUUAAUGUAUCUCUCCUUUGGCACCCUGCCCAAUCUUAGGGUGUAUUCAAAUCCAAAAUAUAUCAAACAUCUGAUAGAGCUAAUGCGCACCACGCCCCGCCGAAUAGUGGCCAAUUAUAUUUUCUAUAAUCUCAUCAAAAAGUUUCUUGUGGAGGUACCCAAGACGGAGACAAAACUGCAGAAGAACUGCCUGAAGGGCAUGAAACCGCAUUUCUUUAAAAUAUUCGACAACAUAAUCUAUCGCCGUUUUAUGUCGCGGGAAAUCGAGCAGGGCAUUCAUAGCAUGUGGGAGGAAAUUAAGCACACCUUCAAACUAACUCUGGCCUCGGAUAAGUAUCAAUGGAUCGAUGCAGUGACCCGGCUCUAUGCCAUCGAAAAGGUCAAGGCCAUGAAAAUGGAUAUUGUCUCGUACAAGAACUACGAUUUCCAAGCGGCAUUUGGUGAUCUGAAUGUCAAUGAUCAUGAUUAUGUGGAAAAUCUAAAAUCUCUGCACGCCCUGGCCUCCAAACGCCACCGUGAGUCGAUAACAAAACCUCCCAAACCCCUCGAACUGGGCGAAGAGCUUUCCAUCUCACCGGCUAAUGUUCUAAAUGAGAACAUGGUCAAGGUACCCGUGUCCAUGCUGCAACCCUAUCAGGUAUGGUCCACCCAGUUCCCAAAUGCCUUUAACUAUGCCGUCUUGGGGGCUCUGCUCUCCCACGAACUCAUUCAUGGCUUCGAUGAUGCCGGCCGCGGCUAUGACAUCAACGGCAAACCCUUGCAAUGGUGGGAUCUACUCUCUUCGAUCUACUUCAAGGAACGCUCACAAUGUUUCAACGAACAAUACCAUGGCUAUGUUUUCCAGAAUCGCCGUCUCCCCUACAUGUCACAAGAUGAAAACAUUGCCGACAAUGGUGGGGUACGUCUGGCCUAUAAUGCCUAUUUGAAUUGGUAUCGUGAGGCGGAGCAAAAGAAUCCUCAACAAAUUUCCGAAACAAUGCCGGGUCUUAAUUUUAGCGAUAAGAAGCUGUUCUUCGUCAGCUAUGGCCAGUUGUGGUGUGGGGAUAUUAAUCCGCUGAUACGUCAAUUCCAAGAAUCCACAGAUGCCCAUGUUCCAGACAAGUUUCGUGUCAUUGGUCCCCUUUCGAAUUUCGAUGAGUUUUCCAAGGUAUUCGAGUGUCGGCCGGGUAGCGGCAUGAAUCCCAUAAAGAAAUGUGAAAUUUAUUGAUUUAAAAAUAAUUUUUUUAAGUGCCAUUGUUUUUUGUUGAUUUAGUUGUUUAUUUAAUUUUAAGGACUUCAUUUAAAUUG